UAUACUCAGUGUAUUAUGGAAUUGUAAGCUUUUCAUUUGAAAAUGUUGUACUUAAUUAAUUAUUAUUGUGCAUAAAUAUAUAAUUAUGUAGAAACAACGUAAUCGUUUCGAUUAUUUUCUAAUAAUUAGUAUGUAUUAAUUUGAUGGGUACCAUAAAGUGGAUUAUUAUUUUUUCUUAGUGUCAAUAAAUUGGCGCUUUCGUCUUUAAAAUAUCUGAUAUCGUUCAACCUCAAUAUGGCGGAUAAGUGGGAAAUUUUGUAAAGCAACACAAAAAUUUCUACUAUGGAAAUGAUUAAAGACGAGCCCAUGGAUUCAAGUGGUGGAGAUGAUGAUAUUCCGCCUGCAUUUUGUCCAGCUGCACUUGGUUUGCAUAGAGUGGGUACAGUAUUGCCGCCAAAACCAGCUCCCAGUGAGCCUAUGCAAAAACUAAAUGCGAGAGGCAUGCCCGCGCGAAUCAGAAAGAAGAAUCGAUUUAUUUUUGUUGAUGACUUUGUAAAUACGUCUCCACCUAGACAAUCACCAAAGCGAACACCAAAAAUCCUGAAAACCCCAGUAAAAACUCCUAAUCCCAAGAAAGAAUUCUCUCCAUCUAAAUCACCAGUAAAAACACCUAGGCCUACUGAUAAAGAUGAAAAAUCUGAAAACCAAUCUCCGGAUAGACAUAGCGGUCAAAGAAUUGGAAUGAGGUUGAGAAAUUUGUUAAAAUUACCAAAAGCCCAUAAAUGGGUUUGCUUUGAAUAUUUUUAUAGUAACAUUGACAAAGCACUUUUUGAUGGAGAAAAUGAUUUUAUGAUUUGUCUAAAAGAGUCCUUUCCUACAUUAGGAAGCAGAAAGCUAACUAAAGUACAAUGGGCCAAAAUAAGGCAAAUGAUGGGCAAGCCCCGUCGAUGUUCUCAUGCCUUUUUUGAAGAAGAAAGAAAAGAAUUGGAGAGAAAAAGAAAGCUGAUAAGGUAUAUUCAACAAAGAAAAACAGGUGAUAUUUGUUUUAAAGAUUUACCUAAUGAGAUACCGAUGCAAUUAGUUGUUGGAACUAAAGUGACUGCUAGACUUCGUAAACCUCAAGAUGGAUUGUUUACUGGUUGCAUAGAUGCAGUGGACACUUCCAACAAUACAUACAGAAUAUCAUUUGAAAGACCAAAAUUAGGAACUCAUUCUGUUCCUGAUUAUGAAGUGUUGUCAAAUGACCCUCCAGACUCUAUAUUAUUGUCAAGCUUAACUCAAUCAUUUAGACCACAGUCUAUACUUGAUAUAUUAAAUUGUAACCAACCAUCUCUAUAUAAGAAAAAUAAUGGGAGAGGCGACCCCCUAAUAGGGUUUAAUGACAUAAAUAAUCAAUUAGAAUCUUAUCCUCCUGGAUUUUUAGAGUUAAUUGUAAAGUUAACUAAACUUCUAAAAGCAAAACAAGUGAAAAUAAAUAAAUUGAGGGAAUUGAAUUGUGAAGCUGAAAAGCGAAAGUUAUUUGACGAAAAAGCACCUGAGGACUUUGAGAGAAAGUAUGCUGCAAUUGUGAUUGAUCUUGAAAGAAUGAAUAUGGAUUUGCAGGAGUACAUAAAUGAUAUACAAGCAUAUUGUCAACAGAUUGCCCCAGGUCCCAGCAUUGCUGCUAUGCUGUCACCAUCACAUCUUAGAGAAAAAUGUAAAGAAGAAGCUUCUGAACUUGUCGCUCUUUAUAAUAAUAACUCGCUUUGUUUAAAAGAUUCAAAUUUAGUUGAACUUAUUACAGAUUUAACAGCAUUAAUAUUGCAAGUCAAAAGUUUGUCUAAUACUGAUCAGAAUGCUUAUGAACUAAGUGUGCUAAAAGGUACUAUAGAACAGAUAAAAAUAAAAUUGGAACCUAAGUAUCAAAAAAUUUUUCAAAACAGUGUGGAACCACACAUGCAUAGGAUACAAAUGGGCUUAGGUAAAAUGUUGUCUAGUAAUUUAAUUAUGGGUAGUUAAUUUAUCAUAGUUAGUCUGAGAAUAGAAUGUAUAGACACAUGAAGGAUUAAUAUAUUAUAGGAAUAAUUAUUGUAUGGGUAUAUAUAGCAAAAAUUUGUGAUAUACUUCUUCAUUACAAAUGUAUAUAAAUAAAUAAAUAUUAACAAUUA